UUGAGAAGGCGCCGUUUGUAAGCUCUGCGUCAAGCUGUGGACGAUAGGAAAUGUCGUAUCUUCUGACAAAAGGCAGUAGUCGAGGUUGGACGACCAGACACGCAGGACGAGACGUGACAGUCGAGUGAACUUUCGACUUGUCUCAAUGUACACGGCUGUGUUUUGGAUUCGCUUUGAGAACACGCUCUCAUACGGCGCAGGAAGGUUCCAAGGAGAAAAGCGCUUCAACAACAAUCGAGCUCGGGCUUGUCGACCUUUUGCUAUGACCCAACUUUGUCUCCCUGACGACGCACGCCCAAUGUACCGAAUCGGAACCCGAACAAGUCGCCUGCCUCGACCCGAGACUUUCCCUUUGCAGCAAAAUGUUUCCUUACUCCACACGUUGCUUUCAGUGGACGAUUUUUCAGAUGGUGAAGCACCAUGCGUCUCGACCGACAGUCCAGUGUUUGCUCCUGUAGGCUCUCAGAGAAAUGUCGACCAUGAAUCACCACCUGAUGGCUCACCUUGCGUGAGGAACAACGACCCAAGGGGCGAACGUGAACCCUCGAUAACGAUGCGUACCCCGACGAGACCCGCUACUUGUCCUCAGGACGCACGAGUGUCUGUGGAGGAGAUUAUCGCCUGUAGAGGAUGAUCGGGGAGUACUCUAUGUGGAAACGUAUACGAACUUUGAAGACGUACUGCCCGAAGACGUCGCAGA